GAAAAUGUGAGUUUGGUGCUCUUCAUUUUCUGGUCAAUUGAUUUGCGUAUCCUUCAAGGACUAAAGCUUUCGAUGUUUAUGUUCGCAUGCAAGAGAUAUAAUGUAACUGCUUCCAUCGAUAUAUAUCAACUAGGAAUCUAAAUGUUACUGGUUUCAGUUGCAACGACAGUGUAUACUUUACUAUCUAGUCGAAAUAUACUUCAGUAGAUACUGAAUGUUCAUUAUCAUGGAGUAAUUAUGUGAAAGGUUUAUAACUUGGUUAGAAGGGUAUCCUUCUUGUAGGCAAGCAUUAUGUCGUUAUCCACUGACCUAUAUUUCUGUUUCCGACAUGUAUUAUCCCCUUCCUGUGCCUCAAUGUACAGUUUCAGGUUUGAGGGUAAUAGGCCAAGCAGUCUGAAAUAGUUUUUGCAGUAGAAACCUAUGUGAAUAUCUAGUUUUUCUUCGAAAGCGCCCACUGAAGGAGCAGCUACAAGUUUCGGUAAUAAGCUGACUACCCCAUUAGAGAAUCUAAGUUCUAAGUUUAUCCUUCCAUGACUUUUAUGGUGACCUCCUAAAUAAUCAGUGCUGGGAGUAAAACGACUGGGGAAAUCAACUACCAAGCCAUUACUGAUAAUUCGAUAAUCUAAUAUAAGAUCUCCCUUUUUCCUACCAUACGACAACAGAUAAAAAUGCAGAAUUUUAUGGGGAAGAUGCAAAUGUCCUGUCACCGAACUAGUUCCCACCCGCUUUACUCUUUCUCGAGUGUCUGCUUCUUGGAAACCAGAGCUGGCUGUAAUGAGUAUUUUAGAUGAGGUCUUACAUAAGUAGGGAAAAGUAUCCUAAAUAUUUAUUCAUCAAAACACUUUCAAGCUAUAUGGAGUGGCCAUAUGAGGCUGAACUUUGGGUUACAGCGUGAUGUUAUUUUUAAAUAUUAUCUGAUAACAACCAUUAGAUCUGUUUGUUCCCCAUAGUGAGGUGAUAUUGACCCAUCUAAAGUGUAAGAGUAGUACGACUUGUGACCAAUGCAUAUUACUGCACUUUUUUAGAGUUGAUUCCCAGGCUCCAUCGUUUAGAUCAUUUAGCCAACUCAUCGAAGUCUGAAGUGAUAUCUCAUCAUCAAUACCAUAAGUCAUCUUCUGAACCUUAAUGUCAUCUACAAGUGUCAAGGAUGACAUAAGUAUACCUGGUAAUUCAUUACAAUACAGAAAAAGAGAAGAGUCCUUAGUAUGGUGCCCUAGAAACCCCCACUCAAAUCUAAGGACAAGAAGUUCACACCAAGUGUGCUUUAAUAUUCAGUUGCGCACCUUAAAACCUUAUCGUUAUUUUAACUCCCCGAGUAAUAUUGUAGUAUUGGCGCUGAAAAAACAAACAAACAAGAUCAACAACAAGUGCAUCGGUCCAAGUUGCCACACUGUACAAAGAACAGUUGUAGAUAACCAGUGGUAUCAAAUUAGACAGUUGUGUCGGAGAAGACAGAGGUUAACACAGAUAUUCAAGCUUCAAAGACAUCAGAGAUGCUAUGUCUACACCAACGAAUCAACAGGAGCUUGCUUGGUUUUAGAAGACUUGGAAUAGUGUUAGCAAUGGUCGCAGAGUGAGAAGUUGGAGAAGAGGCUUGAUGUUGGGGUCAUGAAGUGAAGGCAAGGGAGGCAACAACGGUAAGGAAGUUUUCUAUGUAAAAUAUCUGAGAUUACUAUCAUUAUUAUUAUUGUCACGCCGCCUACUGAGUUAAACAUGAUUGAUUCUGCCGAUGACUCUAUGAAUAAUUUGUUAACCGAUUCAACUGUGCGAUCUCGUGACGGUUUAACACAUAUUAAUUCUACAUCAAUAUCCGCUAUAAAAAAUAGAGUUCAUCGAUUGAAGUCAAGGAAUUUACACUACUCAUCUGUUACACCUGAAGAAGCAGGAGAUGAAUCAAGUGAUAAUGCACCUAUAAAGGAUGUUACCUGCAAACUUUCUUCUUCACUUAAUCAAAAUGAUUCUGAAUUCCUUGAUACUGGAUUUACUCUUAUUGGUUAUACAUUUUUUCUUCAAAUCACUUUACAUAUAAUCACGUUCGUAUUGAAUAGUCUUUCGUAUCGUUAUCUGGAUACAGCCAGUUUGGGUCUAGUCAAUGUACGUUUGGGGUUGUUUUACUCAACAUUGGUAUUUACUGCCAGAGAAGCAUUUCGUCGAGCAUGUCUCAGUCGUGGAGGUGAAUUGGUCAAUAGGAACAAAUGGUUAACCAGUAAAUCAAAUGAACUAUCAUCUUCGAAUGUCAAUGUUACAACGAAUCCUAUCAGUGAAGACUCUGUUAAUACUUGUCCACCACCUGGAAGUUAUACAAAUGAGCACAAGAAUUACCAACUGUCUAUUCAUAGCCUACAAUGGAAUGGGAUUUUAAAUCUGGUUUGGUUGGUCUUGCCCACUGGUUGUAUUAUGGCUGCGUUAUUGUUUAUAGUCUGGAUAUUCAUCUUACCUUCUCCAAGUAGUCUGAUAAGUGAAUCGCAUUCGGAAUUGAAUCUAACCCCUUCAAUCAUCGAACACCGUUACAUCAUCUGUGUUAUGAUUUAUGCUCUAUCAGGUCUUUUUGAAUUGGCUACCGAACCAUUUUGGCUACUCUGUCAGCUUUCUCAUAAAGUUCGUACAAGAAUCUUCAUAGAAGCAUUUGCUAAUGCUGCUCGUGCAGUUGGAAUCAUGAGUGCAAUAUUCACUGUGCCGUCUCAGUAUGCUGUUUAUUCACUAAGUAUCCCUCAACUUUUUCAUGGCUCAACUUUAUUACUAAGCUACCUGCUAUAUUUUCAGUAUGAACUGUCACAAUCUGAUUCAAUUCGUGAAUUAGAACUCAAGGGGAUUUUCGGAGUUACUUCUUUGAAGAAUUUACUUCCCAAUUACAUUCAAUAUACAAUCGAUCGACCUGGUUUACAACUUGUAAAAAACUUUUUUGGUCAGUGUAUACUGAAACAACUUUUAACAGAAGGGGAACGAUAUCUGAUUAGCGCAUUUCAUUUGAUCAGCUUUACUGAUCAGGGCAUAUAUGAUCUUGUAAACAAUUUGGGAUCACUAGCUGCUCGAUUACUUUUCCUACCACUAGAGGAAAGUUGUCAUUUUAUGUUCAGUCAGUGUCUUCAAAGAGAUGUCUCUCCAAAUCAUCAAGAUAAAAAAUUACUUAUGGAUGCGUUCCGUAUGCUUAAAACCGCUCUUCGUGUUUCGAGUCUAGUAGCUUGGAUUGGCGUAACUUUUGCACAAGCUAAUUCUCGUCUACUAUUAAUGAUUUAUGCUGGUCAUCGAUUGGCUGACAACCCUACCGCUGUUAAUUUACUUCAGUUAUACUCUGCUUAUGUCUUGUUGCUUGCAUGGAAUGGUUCAAGUGAGGCAUUACUAAAUUCAGCUAUGUCAACGGAUGAAGUUUCACGUCAUAAUCAGCGUUUAGUGAUAUUUUCAAUGAUAUUUCUUGGUGCAAAUUGGUUUUCGUACCUUUAUUCAAUGUAUACGGUUUUGUACUAGCCAAUUGUAUCAACAUGUUAAGUCGUAUUGUGUAUAGUGUCUAUUAUAUCGAUCGAUUCACAGAGAGAGUUGAUGAACCAUUGAAUAUUGAUUCAGAGCAAAUUAACCUGAAAUGUAACCCUAUAAAUAGUAGGUCAUCAUCUAAUUCAAGUUAUAAAUGGAGAAACUUCUCCUCAACGAUUUCAUUGUUUUCCCUAAUGUUGCCAUCUUGGAAUCAAGCUGGUGUUUUGUUUAUUUCACUGUUGUCCACUUUAAUUUCACAACACUUUUUCUGUUGUUCAUCUGGAAUUUUAUGGAUAGUAGUUCAUGGUGCAAUUACAUUUGGAUUCCUUGGAAUUGUGCUAACUGUAAUAUAUUAUGAAGAAGUUGAUUUAUUACAACUUAUUCAGAGUGGAUUGUUGCAUAAAAAAUCACGAUAAUUUGAGAUAUCUUGGCUUAUUUUAUUGUAUUCAAUAAUACCCAUCUAGUCUUUCAGAAUAUUUUUCUCUCCAUGUAUUCAUUUACCUUUUUUUGCUUUGUGAAAUAAAAAAGGUGAAUACUAAUUUUAAGGCAUAUCUCUU